GCACAAGCAACGGCUGUGGUGCAGAUGUACGGGACGGAGCCACCGCACCAUAGCAGCUGGUACAAGAUCCACUGCGGGGUGGCCACCUUUACCAAAGACAACAUCCGCAAGUCCUUUUUCAUCCAGGUUUACGACUUCGCGACGGGCCAAAGGGUCUUCGAGCAGGAAAUCUACAGGGAGUUUUCUUAUCACGAUUCUAGACCUCAUUUCCAUCAAUUCGAAUCUGACGAAAAGAUGAUCGGCUUCAACUUCGCAGACGAAACGGACUCGAAGAACUUUCACGCCGCCGUCAGUAACCUGCUGUUGAACCGCAAGAAGAAGCGAGAAGAACGCAUGCGGCAGGGGAUGCAGAAGCAGCAGCAGGAAUUGAAGUCUGCGGGAAACCAGCCGGCCCUGACGAUGGCGAGAUCUCAGGAGACGGUCAACCAACCCUCCAAUAACAAAGCGACGGCACAAAAAGAGCAUAAAGAGCAUAAAGAGAAGAGGAAGUUCUUGAACAGAAAAGGGAAAGAUAAGAAGAAGAAUCUGAGGAAACACAUGAUCGGAGAACCCACCAACUUCCUGCACGUCAGCCACGCUGGUUUCGACCGGGACCAUAACUUUUCUCAGUUCAACGUGGACAAGAUGGUUGAUGAUGAACUCAAAGAUUUCUUUAGAGCCGUCGGCCUGAAACGGCAGCAGAUGGAGGAUCCGGCGACGCGGCAGUUCGUCUACGACUUCAUCAAUAAGGCCGGCGGUCUCGAGGAGGCCAAGCGGGAGAACCAGAAGUACUCCAUCCGCCGCUUUACCGACGACUCGCACAGCAGCGCCCAAAGCAGACCGCUUCCUCCACUUCCUACUUCGGCACCCGUUCCUCCACCACCGACAUCCCCUCCACCGCCUCCUCUGGCACCCGCUCCACCACCACCAACGUCACUUCCUCCACCGCCUCCACCACUAAAGCACUCAAAGCCUCUCCCUCCUCCUCUGCCGGAAAGACAAGAUUACGGAGGUCGCAGUCCAGGUUCACGGAUCCACGUAGGCAUGGCGCCUCCACCGCCACCCCCAGUUUCGUCUAAGACUUCGGGACCGCCUCCACCACCAUCUUAUCUUGGUCCUGCUCCUCCCCCUCCCCCUCCCCCUCCUUCUGCUGGUCCUGCUCCUCCCCCUCCCCCUCCUUCUGCUGGCAUUGUUCCUCCUCCUCCCCCCUCCCCACCUGCUGGCUUUGCUCCUCCUCCCCCUCCCCCUCCUCCACCGCCGUCCGGGAGCUCUGCGGCUAAUCAUCCACCGCCCCCACCUCUGCCUUCCGGCGGGCUGUCCUCUUCUGCCGACCCUCGCUCGGCUCUCCUGCACCAGAUACAGGAAGGCAAGAACCUCAGGAAAGUAGACAGGAAUGCAGCCCCCGCCCCCCCGCUUGACAGCCGUGGCCAGCUCUUGGAAGACAUCAAGUCUGGUGUGAGGCUGCGCAAGGUGGAGGCGGUCGAAGCGAAGGAGGCGGACCCCAACGUGCCGGCGGGACUCAGCGGGAUGGCCCUGGACCUCCACCGCGCGCUGCAGGAGAGGUCCAACUUCAUCGCCCUCUCAGACUCCGAGGAAUCCUCAGGCGACGACGACGACGACGAGUGGGACGACGAUGACUAGGUGGGGCAGCGACGACGACGAUGACAACUGAGUGACGAUGAGCGACGAC